AAACUUUAGACACAACCCACUUUCACACAUAAUUCCUCCUGAGGCCACCAAUCCAGAGACCAUCACCAAUUUCUCUUUUGUAAAAUGAACCGGUUGAUGAGUCACCUCGGAGUAAUCCCCAGAAGAAUAAAACACCUCACAUCUUUCUAGGAAUCAUCCCUUAAACAAAACAAUUAGCUCUCAAUUAUCCAUUCUCAAUUAACAAAUCAAUUAUCAUAUUUUUAAUUAAUUUUGUCUAUAAAGUUAAAUCAAAACAACUCCUCUUUCGUCAAUCUUUCUGACAACCUUUUAUUCUCUCUCAUCAAUGGCGACAAUGAAGCUCACAACCCAGCUCAAAACCACCCCAAUUAUGCCCAUUCACCACCGCAAUUCGACUCGGUUAACCCGACCGAGUCGAGUUGGGUUCAAGGUGUUUGCAUCCGACUCCAACCAGGUGGAACCGGAUCUUAGCGUCAAGGUUAACGGCUUGACGAUGCCGAACCCGUUUGUGAUCGGGUCGGGCCCUCCCGGGACUAACUACACUGUCAUGAAGAAGGCGUUCGAUGAAGGAUGGGGUGCUGUUAUUGCUAAAACUGUUUCAUUGGAUGCUGCAAAAGUAAUAAAUGUAACUCCACGCUAUGCACGCUUAAAAGCUGGAGUUAACGGUUCCGCAAAAGGACAAAUAAUUGGAUGGGAAAACAUCGAGCUCAUUAGUGAUCGACCUCUUGAAACUAUGUUGAAAGAAUUUAAGCAGUUGAAGGAAGAAUAUCCUGAUAGAAUUUUGAUUGCUUCAAUCAUGGAAGAAUAUGACAGAGCUGCAUGGGAGGAGCUUGUUGACCGAGUCGAGCAAACUGGGAUUGAUGCAAUUGAAAUCAAUUUCUCAUGCCCUCAUGGUAUGCCAGAGCGUAAGAUGGGUGCUGCUGUAGGAAAGGAUUGUGCAUUGAUGGAGGAGAUUAGUGGUUGGAUAAAUGCUAAAGCUACUGUUCCAGUGUGGGCAAAGAUGACCCCAAACAUUACUGAUAUCAGAGAGCCAGCAAGGGUGGCACUUAAAUCAGGAUGUGAAGGAAUUGCUGCUAUCAAUACAAUUGAGAGUGUUAUGGGAAUCAAUCUCACUACCCUACGCCCUGAACCCUGUGUCGAGGGAUACUCAACCCCUGGCGGAUAUUCUUCAAAGGCAGUUCGUCCUAUUGCACUUGCAAAAGUGAUGAGCAUUGCAAAGAUGAUGCAGGAAGAAUUUAGUCCUGAACAUUCCUUGUCUGGAAUUGGAGGUGUUGAGACUGGAGGUGAUGCUGCUGAAUUUAUUCUGCUUGGAGCAAAUACUGUUCAGGUUUGUACAGGAGUCAUGAUGCAUGGGUAUGGUCAUGUGAAGAAGCUAUGCUCUGAGCUAAAGGAUUUCAUGAGAAUGCAUAAUUUCUCGUCGAUAGAAGAUUUUCGAGGUGCUUCUUUACCAUACUUCACAACACACACAGAACUGGUACGAAUGCAGCAGGAAGCUAUACAGAAAAGAAAAGCUACCAGAAAAGGUUUGGCAUCUGACAAAGACUGGACAGGAGAUGGGUUUGUGCAGGAAACUGAAAGCAUGGUUUCCAACUAAUCUUUACCAAUUGGGAGGUGCUUUGGUUUGAGCAUGCAAAAGUACAUUAUCAAAUGUAUAGAAGGAAAGGGAUCAUCAAAGGAAGAUAGAAACGGGAAACAAUCAACCUUUAACAUUGUCAAAAAUGCACAGUUAUUAUUUUCUGGACUAUCUAAUUAUCAAAUUAGCAUGCCUUCUCAUUCCGCUCUGGUGGAAAGUGAAUAAUAAUACCAGAUGGUGUACACUUCUUUUACUUUUAAUACUAGUACGUACUGUAGUACUGUAUACGAAGUACAUUUUAUGAUAUACAGUACUCUGUGUUCAAUCUUUAGGGUUACAAGAUUACUUCCUCCUCUCUAAAAUUGUUGCAACACUUUGAUUUUUGCACUAUUCAUAAAAUCUACUUUAUUUAUUUUCGA